AUGACAGCUGCUGCGCCCUCAAUCUCAGCGCUGAAGGAUAAACCCCCCGGCAGGUUGAAUCACCAAGUUCCCAGGCCUCAGAAUCUUGACGCGCUCCGCAAGCCCUUCAAAUGUCCUUCAGCUGCUACUGCAGUAUCCACGUCGGAUCGCCCAGCCAGAAAGAAAAGAAAAGUUGAUUAUCGAGGGGCCGAUGAAAGCGGACCGACGAGCAUCGAUACAGCAUAUGAUGCUGCUGGCCGCCAAUUAACGGCAUCGCCCAAGUUCCCAGUCUUCCAAGUCAAGGAUAAGAAUGUCGUUUUUCGAAAAGCGUUCUCCAUUCCCCUAAAGGAUAAGUCUCAGGUCUCAUUCGAUGCAUCAAGGCCCCCACCAACUCUUGGACUUCGACGUGGGGUUGUGUUUGUCCCCAAGCCUUUACAUGACCCAUCCGGUGAAUUUGCCAUUGUUCUUUAUGAUCCGACAGUCGAUGCGAAGCCUGAUGCAAUUCAAGAAAACGUGGUGCAGAAAGAGGUGGAGCCCUCAAAAAUUGACAGCCCGAUUGUGCAUAAAAGUCUUGCUGAGAUCCUCGGGAUCAAGAAGCAGGUGGAAGAAGAUCACCCCAAAGUGCCGGUUGUCAUUGAUCCCAAGAUUGCCAAAUGUCUCCGCCCUCACCAGAUUGAAGGUGUCAAAUUCAUGUAUAAAUGUGUCACAGGUCAAGUCGACGAGAAAGCUCACGGAUGCAUCAUGGCUGACGAGAUGGGACUGGGGAAAACGCUUCAGUGCAUUACUCUCAUGUGGACGCUAUUGAAACAAUCUCCCAAUGCUGGAAAAUCGACAAUUCAAAAGGCCAUCGUGGUGUGCCCUGCGAGUCUGGUAAAAAACUGGGCAAACGAGCUGACAAAAUGGCUUGGUCCUAAUGCUAUCAACCCAUUUGCCAUCGAUGGCAAGGCACCAAAAGAAGAGAUGAAACGACAACUUCGUCAAUGGGCAAUUGCCUCUGGCCGAUCCAUCACUCGGCCAGUCAUCAUUGUCUCGUACGAGACUCUGCGCGUUAAUGUUGAGGAGCUUAAACACACCAAGGUCGGCCUCCUGUUUUGUGAUGAAGGCCAUCGUUUGAAAAAUGCAGACAGCACUACAUUCAGCGCUCUUAACGAUCUGAAUGUUACCAGACGGGUCAUUCUGACCGGUACACCUAUUCAAAACGACCUUACGGAAUAUUUUGCUUUGACCAAUUUUGCCAAUCCAGAUCUACUUGGAUCUCGACUGGAGUUCCGAAAGCGUUUCGAAAUACCUAUUUUGCGUGGGCGGGAUGCAAACGCCUCGGAGCACGAACGCCAGCGCGGAGACGAAUGCACUGGAGAACUGCUUGGUAUUGUUAACAGGUUUUUAAUUCGACGAACAAACGACCUCCUCUCCAAAUACCUUCCGGUUAAAUAUGAGCACGUGGUCUUUUGUAACUUGGCCCCAUUCCAGAUCGACCUCUACAAUUAUUUUAUCACCAGCCCAAAUAUUCAAGCUCUUCUCCGAGGCAAGGGUAGCCAGCCUCUGAAAGCUAUCAAUAUUCUCAAAAAGCUUUGCAACCACCCCGACCUCCUGAAUCUUUCGGAUGACCUACCUGGCUCAGAAAAGUGCUUCCCAGAGGACUAUGUUCCCAAGGAAGCUCGUGGGAGAGAUCGGGAUAUCAAGCCUUGGUAUUCAGGGAAGAUGCAGGUUCUCGAUCGUAUGCUUGCCAAGAUUCGGGAAGAUACAAAUGACAAGAUUGUCCUCAUCAGCAACUACACAUCAACGCUGGACCUCUUUGAACGUCUUUGCAGAGAACGCCAAUAUGGAAGCCUACGACUUGACGGAACUAUGACUGUGAACAAGCGUCAAAAACUGGUUGAUCGUUUUAACGAUCCAAACGGAGAUGAAUUCAUCUUUUUAUUGAGCAGCAAGGCAGGAGGCUGUGGCAUCAACCUCAUUGGGGCAAACCGUCUUGUCCUUUUCGAUCCGGAUUGGAAUCCUGCUGCUGACCAGCAAGCCCUAGCGCGAGUCUGGCGCGACGGCCAGACGAAGGAUUGCUUCGUUUAUCGCUUCAUUGCCACUGGCACCAUCGAGGAAAAAAUCUUCCAAAGGCAGUCUCACAAGCAAAGUUUAUCGUCAUGUGUGGUAGACUCUGCUGAAGAUGUAGAGCGUCAUUUCUCCCUCGAUAGCCUGAGAGAACUCUUUCAAUAUCGUCCUGAUACCACUAGCGAUACUCAUGAUACGUUUAGAUGCAAAAGAUGUAAACCUGAUGGCCGACAACUCAUCAAGGCUCCAGCAAUGCUGUAUGGCGAUACAAGCACUUGGAAUCACUUUGUCAACUCUGGGCUACAGCCUAUUCAAGAUUUGUUGCUCCGGCAAGAGUACGCCGGGAGUGAGGUUUCGGCUGUAUUUCAAUAUAUAUCGCAUUAG